AUGGGUGUGGGUGAAGAUCUCCUCUCCAAGGUCACGGCGACCAACGUGAUCCUGGGUCUGGUCGCCUAUUUGGUUCUUCAAUUCGUGUACCAGAUCGUUUAUUACCACUUUUUCCAUCCGUUGGCGAAAUUUCCUGGUCCAUUCUGGGGCGGCGUCACCCGACUCUGGAUUGCAUGGCAUAAUCUGCGCGAGACUGAACUGCAGACAGUAUACGAUCUCACCAAGAAAUACGGCCCCGUAGUCCGCAUCACACCCACGCUCCUGCUUGUCAGCGACCCCAAGAAGCUCCCCGACAUCUACCAUCGCAAUGCCGACAAAACGGGACACUACAUCACCGGGUCUUUCGGCGAGACCGAGUCUCUGUUCAACAUGCGCUCUCACAAGACGCAUGCGGCAUUCCGGAAGCACAUUGCCGGCCCAUACAGCUUUAGUAACGUCAAGCGCAUGGAGCCGCUCCUCGAUGCCCACAUUGAGCAUUGGCUACAGAAAAUCGACGAGAGGUUCGCCCGCACGGGCGCUGGUUUCGACUUCUCAUGGUGGGCAGUCUAUAUGGCAUACGACAUUAUCAGCGAGGUCGGCUUCGGUGCGCCCUUCGGUUUUGUUGAGCAAGGGCAAGACGUCGGCGGUCUGGUACAAGGCUUUCACGAUGGCCUCCCAGCAUUCGGUCUUCUGGCGCGUCUCCACCCCUUCACCAGCUGGAUGAAGACGACCUUCAUGAAGAAGUACCUAGUUGCGACUCCCCAAGAUGACUCGGGCAUCGGAGUCCUAAUGCGCUUUCGCGACCGACUCAUCGACCAGCGCCUGCGCGAUCUCGAAGAAAAGAAGGACAUCGGCCGGAUCGAUCUUCUCCAGACCUUCCUCGAGGCCCGCACCGAAGAGGGCAAGCCCCUAGACAUGGAGUAUAUCCGGGCAGAGGUCCUUUUGGUUCUUCUUGCUGGCGCCGACACCACCGGAACUGUCUUUCAAGCGCUGGUAUAUAACCUCAUCAUCCACACAGAGGUGUACGAGCGCAUGAUGGCCGAGAUCGAUGGUGCUGCCCGAAAGGGCCUCAUCAGUCCAAUGGCCCAGUACCAAGAGAUUGUCGAGCACUUACCUUACUAUGCCGCGUGUGUCCGCGAGACCUUGCGCCUGAACCCCUCCGCGCCAAACCUCUUCCCUCGAUAUGUCUCCGAACCGGGUAUCGAUCUUUAUGGCCAGUUCGCGCCCGCAGGCACGGAGAUCUCGUCUAACCCAUGGAUCGUCCACCGCGAUCAGGAGGUGUUUGGCGCUGAUGCGAAUGUGUUCAACCCAGAGCGUUGGCUGGACGCGGAGCGUGCCAAGCUCAUGAACAAGUAUCUGUUUACUUUUGGUUACGGGACGCGAGUAUGUUUGGGCAAGGAUAUUGCCAUGAUGGAGCUGUUCAAGGGUCCUUUGCAGCUCUUCCGCAAUUUCAAGCUUCACUCUAUUGCCGGCAAACCUUCCGCGCAUUUUGUGAUCAAGGGAGGCGUGGGAUUCUGGCGUGAUAUGUGGGUAACGGUUGACAAGCGGGGGGGCGUGAAGGCGAUGUAG